CCGCGCACACGUACACAAUAACAACAGGCAGAGAGCAAGUACCACUCUCAUGACAAUGUGAACACGCGCGUCGCUGACGAUAACAAAACCUGGACCAGGUGAUAUUCACGCGCACUAAAGCCACUAAUACAGCCAGCAAUUAUGUACAUGUACACUAUGGAAUAGAGUAUCGCCGGCGGAACUGGCAACUACCACUGGUAAUAUAUCCACCCAUUGCGAAUCACGUCUGCUUUGAACGCGAUCAUGCUGUUUAUCUGUGGAGCUGUCACAAGUCACGGAUUGGAGUCACAUACACAUGUACGUGUUGGCCAAAUCUCAUCGGUGUUUUGAUGUGCAUUUUUGUGUGGGUACAUCUAUGUGUGCAUGACCAAAUAUUGGUGUUCGUUGUGUCCUAACAUCAAGACCUAUGCGGGUACAAGGUCGUGCCGGCACACGCAACCAAACCGAUCGCCUACAUGAUUCCUUGUGAUAUGGUGUUUUAUACGCCCAAGCUAUAACAACAUCUGUUGAUGUGCCACAAGUUCUGUGUGUGCUGAUAUUAUUUUAGUAGGCCUAUAGUUCGACACGUUGGCUGACCUCCAUCGCUUUUGUGCUGGUAGGCACUCUACCGUGCCGAUCACAAACCGUGGAUUUACCCAUACCUACCUAGACCAACAAGUCUACCGCUUCGUCCAUUGUUCUGGAAAUAUUUCACAUGCUGGUGUAGUCAUCAGCGGAGGUGGAGGGCAGAACACCAAGAAAAAACCCUGCUGUGACAGUCAAGAGAAUAAAGUUUCUGGUAAACUUCACUGAGAGCACAUACAUGGUUUGAGUUGGCCUCCUCAUCUUCCCUGUUGCUUUUACCUGUCGUUCCAAACGGACGCAUCCAGUACUAUGCAAACACCAACUGACCACUCUGUUGUCUCCACUUUGCACAUCUCCAAUGGAGUGUCGCUGUUCCUGUAGCUGGGUCAGCCUCUGUCAUCCAGUCUGUAUCAUCGACCAUCACCAUGCCGGCCUACUACCACGUGGACGCGGCCAGCGACCGCAUCCCCAUGCAGAUCGUGCGCAAGGAGACGCCCCUCUCGGUGACCGAGCGGGCCUUCAUUUUGGCCGUCGAGCGAGGUGACUACGGGAGCGUCCGCCAGGCCCUGGAGGAGGCCGACAUUUACUUCAACCUCAACAAGAACUGCGUGGACUCGCUGGGCCGCACGGGCCUCCUGAUCGCCAUCCAGAACGAGAACAUUGAGAUCAUCGAGCUGCUGCUCAAGCACAAUGUCAGCAUUGGGGACGCACUCCUGCACGCCAUCGACGAAGAAGUGGUGGAGGCUGUCGAGCUCCUUCUCAACUACAAAGCACCGAAGAAAGACAUACGGGCUCGUAUCCUGCAGGAGCAGAACGAGACCGACUUCACCCCGGACAUCAGUCCCGUCGUCCUGGCCGCCCACCGCAACAACUACGAGAUCCUCAAGAUCCUCCUGGAGCGGGGCGCCUCCAUCCCCAAACCCCACAACGUCAAGUGCGGCUGCGACGACUGCAUCUCCAGCAUCCGGCACGACGGGCUCCGGCACUCCCGCUCCCGGCUGAACAUCUACCGGGCCCUGGCCAGCCCUUCCCUGAUCUCCCUGUCCAGCGAGGACCCGAUCCUGACCGCCUUCGAGCUGAGCUGGGAGCUGAGGAAGCUCAGCUACCGGGAGAACGAGUUCAAGGCCGAGUACGACAAGCUGGUGGAACAGUGUCGGGAGUUUGCCACGGAUCUCCUGGAUCAGACGAGGGGCUCCAAGGAGCUGGAGUGCAUCCUGAACAGGGACAACGACAGUCCCACCGGGGAGGACCCGCUAAGUAGACUACGGCUGGCGCUCAAGUACAAGCAAAAACAGUUCGUCGCCCACCCCAACUGCCAGCAGCUGAUCGCCGAGGUCUGGUACCAGGGGCUACCCGGCUGGCGCCGCCAGCACUUCACGGUCAAGCUUCUCAUCAGCUUCUUCGUGGGCCUGUCCUUCCCCUUGCUUUCCCUGGUCUAUCUCCUGGCACCCCGCACCCGCCUGGGCAAGAUCCUCCGUCUUCCCUUCCUCAAGUUCAUGUGCCACAGCGCCACCUAUCUGGUUUUCCUGGUGCUUCUCAUCAUGGCGUCGCUGCCGGACCUGGCCGGCCAGAAGCCCAAUAAACGGGUCAACGAGAGGGCGCCUGCACCCUCGGACAUUGAAAUAUUAAUCGUCUUGUGGGUUUUAGGUUAUCUUUGGGCGGAGGUGAAACAGCUAUGGGACAUGGGCUUGCAGCAGUACCAGCGAGAUUGGUGGAACUCACUCGACUUUGUGACCAACACGUUGUACAUAACGGUUAUAGGUCUUCGGGUAACUGCGUAUGUAAAUUUACGGAUCAUAGAAAAUAAAGCCCACGGCCCACUCAUCCAACUACGCGAAGAAUGGGACCAGUGGGACCCGACGCUUAUGGCCGAGGCAACCUUCGCAGUGGCCAAUAUAUUCAGCAUGCUGCGCGUUGUCUACUUCUUCACAGCCAACUCGCAGCUGGGGCCUCUGCAGAUCUCCCUGGGCCGGAUGGUGGAGGACAUCAUCAAGUUUCUCUUCCUGAUGGGGCUGGUCCUGUUCGCCUUCGGCGCCGGCCUGAACCAGCUCUACUGGGUCUACCAAGUGGAGGUCGACGAAGGCCAGUGCUUCGGUGUUGCCUGUGACAAUCCCAAUAACGCUUUCACUGAUGUCUUCCAGACGCUACAGGCGCUGAUCUGGGCCCUCUUCGGCCUGACCGACUUGUCCAACACCAAGGUCAAGCCGGAGUAUGGCCACAACGUGACCGAGUUUAUCGGGGCCACCAUGUUCGGUGUCUACUGCAUCACCACCAUUAUAGUCCUGCUCAACCUGCUGAUUGCCAUGAUGAACGAUUCCUUCCAGAAAAUACAGAUGCAAUCGGACAUGGAGUGGAAAUUUGCCCGCUCCAAACUCUGGAUGAGCUACUUCGAUGAAGGGGAGACGCUCCCCGUCCCGUUCAACAUCAUCCCCUCACCGAAGAGCUUGUACUACAUCUUCCGGAAGAUAUACAGACUCACCUGCAAGAAGAAACUAAAGCCGAAACCGGAAAACAGGAACGUUACCAAGCUCAAUUUAGCGCAGAGACGAAGACUAAAUGAUGAGGAAUACCAGAAAGUUAUGAAGAACCUCAUUAAGAGGUACCUGAACAACAGCCGGCGAGGCGAGCGGGCUGAGGGAGUCAGUGAAGACGACCUGAACGAGAUCAAGCAGGACAUCUCGGCCUUCCGCUACGAGAUCCUAGAGAUCCUGAAAGGUGGCGUCGGCCAGCAGCCGAAGGCGGCCGGCGGGGCCGGCAAGGCCGGCGGGGCCGGCGGGGUCGGCGGGGUUGGCGACAAGAAAGACGGGGAGGAGAGGAAGACGAAAGCGGUGUCCAUGGGGAGUAUAGUCGGUAGCUUCUCGGUGUCUACGAUCUCUUCCGCGUCUAGCGGCUCGCCCCAGCUGGAGAGAGUGCCCUCCUACUUGCUGAGGAAGGGCAAGAAGAACAAGCGGAGUCCCCAGCAUCGGGAGACCAUGCACGUGCCUCUCAAGUGUGAACCAAUCCAGGAGGAGGAUUACGCUUUGCCGGACUUCCUCAAGAUGAAAAACGUAAAGAAUGUCGUCAGCGCCGUCAACGAAAUGAAGAGAUCCUCCAGGAAACGCCGGUUGCAGGAACUGGUGGGACAGAGCCUGAGCUCCACAGCAUCUAGGAAAGAGAGAGUGCGUGAAGAUAUAGAGGAGGAUCAAGAUGGGGAGGACGCGGAGGAAGUGUUCGGGGCGGCCCCACCGGGGUCACCCCGGAGGCUGGUUAGCCAAGCCUCCCUGGACAUGAACGAUGAGGAGAUGGAGAUGGAAGUGAUGAAGGGAAGCCUCAUAGAGCCUGAAUCCAACGGGAACAAGACAACGUCUAGCGAGGAUGAAUCGGACGAGCCACUGGUGAAAGGCACCAAGGAGCUGGCCCGGCGCGUCAAGAGCUUCGCCGGUCAGAGCGGUCACGACAACGGGGCUCUCCACCUGGACGAGAGUGGUGUUCAGGGCAUGGUGCGGCCCCCGCCCCUGCAAGACAACAGCGGUGACUCUCAGAGCACCUCUGGCAUAGCCUCCCCAAACAAUAGCUUCCAGUCCCAAGACUCAGUGGACGGGGAAGUUGGCGGGCCCCAUCUCGGUCCAGGAGACUCAGACAGCCCGAGUGACCCUGAGGACGACGUGGAUGCAAGCACUCAAAUGAACGUAGCCCUCAGACCCAAGGGCAAGCAUAAAAAAAUGCCGCCCAAGCGAACCUCCUUCCUCUGGGGUAGUCCACCUGCGCCUAAAGACGGAGAAGACGUUGAAAUGACCAGAUUCCAGUACAAUGACUUCAAGCCGUAGGCUUUAUUUGCAUCAGCUGGUUGUUCAAAUCAAACAUUAAAGACUCGAUCUUGAGGUCCGCGAAAUGCAAAACAGUCGCAGUUUUAAGUGCCAACGUGCGUGGAUUCGAGCACCGGCCAGAACAUUCUGUAACUCCCGCUGAAUACUUACCAAAGUCACGGGGACAAAGUUGGAAGCUGCUUGAACGUUGUAUUAGACUCUUGCUCUUACGCACAAAUAGUCGCAAGGGAGUGGAGAAGUUGCGGGAUUUUUUUAGCACUUGAUAUUGUUUUUAAAAAUAACUCAUUCAGUGCGCUUUUAAGUAACAAAUAAACGUCUGACAAUGUCAUUCUUCAUUCAUUUCUUCCCCCAGAAAACCCAAGAUCAAGAAUUAUACCCGAUAAAUCCAUGAAAGUACAUGCAUUAUCGGGAUCUUUUCCACAAAUACGAGCGCCACGUUAUUUAAACCCGGUGAAGUGAAUACACGGUGCGAAUCUUGUACCACUCACAGAACUAAUUGUUCAAGGGUUGAUACUUAUCACUGGUCUGCAAGGCCUGGCGUGCUGAGGAUCGGUUGCUUUGGGUGUUACAAUUGAAGUACUGGUAAACAGGUAUACUCCAGUCUAACGGCUGGUGUGCCUUUAGAGUUAAGUAACUUCAUUAUGAGUUUAUUUUAAUUGUUUUCCUCAUUCCAGUUUUUUUUACCACGAUAGUAUAAUAACUUGUACCUAUACAAAAAAUAAUAAUAAUAUGCACAGCUUUGUAAAUAAUUAUAAAUAUGUAAGUAACAUGAGCAGAUGACUAACUAAAAAAAGUCGUUUUAACGUUUUAUUAGAUUAAGAUGGUAUCAGAGCUUCCAGGGUUUAUUUAAUUUCGUAAAACUGUGUAAGAUAACUUCUACAUUUUGUUCAUAUAAAUCAUAAUAACACGAUUUAGGCACUAGAAAAUAAAUUCACAAAAUAUAUAUAUUUUAAUGAUAGUACGAAUUUUUCAUGCAUUUUCGACCUUUGAUCCCUUUCUUUUCUAGUUUGGGUUUUACAGUGCACUUGCGUUUCUAUAGGGAUUUAUUAUAGGUCGCUUUACGAUACCCAAACUGUAUGAAAUCUUUGAAAUUCCUUCGUAUCCAGAUAAUGUAUAAUUUGAUGACGCAUUAAAUACCACCGGGAUAAGGUUGGUGCAUGUAUUUUAUCAACUUUUCAGUAUCUAUUUGAACUUUUCUUUGUCAUUUUUU